AAGAGAAGCACACACACGCGCGCACAUAUAUAUUCAGACACACAUUACCACAGAGGAAGCUAUUCCAGUUCCAGUCCCACAGCCGGAGUGGAGCGAAACCUAACCAGCACUGGAACUCCGGAUUGACGCCUGGUUUCUCGUUCCAGCGGAGGGGGUUUUGUUUUUGUUGCAGAAAGGAGCCAGUUCCUGGGAUUUCUACCCCCGCGUUUGUUUGGGAAUCUGCUGCUGGGAGCCGGGCACAGGGAAAGGAGCAAAGCGAUCUUUGGGACAGUGUUAGACCCAGCGAUGGCAGCUUUCCCCAGCAUUGGCACUGCGCUCUUUCUGCUGUUAGUUCCCCAGGUGUCUGCUAGCGGUACAUUCGAGUUGAGGAUCGGACAGUUUGAGAACUCUGGCGCUCUGUUAGCUGCCGGGAACCGCUGUGUGCCUGAAUGUCGAACCUUCUUUCGGGUGUGUCUGAAACAUUUCCAGAAGGUGGUGUCCCCGGAGCCGUGCACCUACGGCAAUGUACUGACCCCGCUGCUGGGCACAAACUCAUUCACAGUGCCGGACAGCCAGGCUCCGCUCAGAAUCAACUUCACCUUCAAAUGGCCGGGAACUUUCUCUCUGAUCAUUGAAGCCUGGAAUUCUGCCUCGAACCUGCCGAGUCCCAAUGUGACCAGCCCUGAGACAUUGAUCAGCCGCUUUGCCAUCCAGAGGCACCAGUCGGUGGGCACAGCCUGGGCCCAGGAUUCCCUACAAGGGGAGCACACUCAGUUGCACUACUCGUACCGGGUGGUAUGCAGCCAACACUACUACGGAGAGGGAUGCUCCGACUACUGCCGGCCCCGGAACGACACCUUCGGGCACUACACCUGCGGCAAGGAGGGACAGAGGCACUGCCUGCCGGGCUGGCAGAAUGAGUACUGCUCACAACCGAUUUGCCAGGCUGGAUGCAGCUUGGAUCAUGGCUACUGUGACCAACCAGGCGAGUGCAAGUGCCACUACGGAUGGCAGGGCCCGUUGUGUGAUCUCUGCAUGCACUAUCCUGGUUGUCUACAUGGAACCUGCCAGCAGCCCUUUCAGUGUACCUGCAAGGAAGGCUGGGGUGGUCUUUUCUGUAAUCAAGACCUCAACUACUGCACUCACAACAGACCGUGCCUGAACAAUGCCACCUGUACCAACACUGGGCAGGGCAGCUACACCUGUACCUGCCAGCCCGGGUACACCGGCACCAACUGUGAAUCUCCCCUUCGCCAGUGUGACAGCAGCCCCUGCCGCAACGGGGGUACCUGCACGGAACUGGAAGAUUCAUACAGGUGCUCCUGCCUCCCCGGUUUCUUUGGGGAACACUGCGAGGUCAGCACCCUCACCUGCGCUGACUCACCCUGUUUCAAUGGUGGGUCCUGCAUCGAGAGAUCACAGGGCACUCCCUACAGCUGUAUCUGCCCACUGGGCUUCACCGGCUUAAACUGUGAGCAGAAAGUGGGCUGGUGCACCAGGAACCUGUGUGCAAACGGAGGCCGAUGCUUAGAUCUGGGGCUGUCGAGAAUGUGCCGUUGUCAGGCCGGCUUUGCUGGGCAAAGGUGUGAGAUCAACGUGAACGACUGCGCCAGGAGUCCAUGUGCCAACGGGGCCACCUGCAUCGACCAGAUCAACAACUACACGUGUACGUGCGCCGCUGGCUUCACAGGCCGGGACUGCGACCAACCGUUGGGGAGUGAGUGUGACUCCAGGCCGUGCCACAAUGGCGGGAAGUGCCACGCUGGCGUGCACGGUCAGAGCUUUGUGUGUCAGUGCCCCGUCAACUUCAUGGGGUCCCUUUGUGAGAUUCCAGUGUUUUCCAUACCGUUGCAGAAACGCCAGCAGCCCCCGAGCCCCUUCCCCUGGGUUGCCGUGUCUCUGGCCUUCGGGCUGAUGGCUUUCGUUAUGCUGCUCUGCGUCCUAGCUAUUGCCCUGAGGCACGUGCAGAGGCCAAACGGAAGGCAGCACCAUGACACAGAGACGAUGAACAACCUGACUGAGUCCCAGAGGGACAAUCUGAUCGUGGAAUCACAGCUCAAGCUGACAAACAAGAAGGUUGACCUGGAUUCAGACUGCAUUGUGGAGAAAACCAAUUACAAAGACAGGAACUUUGCCCUGGAUUGGGAUUUAGCUGCAGGCCUCAAGCCUGAUCUGACUCAAGACCUGAAAUGCCAUAAAAACCACAGAAGAGAGGAAAGUUUGCCCCUCAGAAACCCGUGCCAUCAACAGCCAGACGGCAGAGUAUCCACGGUAUCGAGUGCCCGGGGCCUAAUGUACCAACCCGUGUACUGCCCUAGUGAGGGCAGGGUCCACGAUAUUGUCACUGAGGUUUAAUUGCUUGAUGCAGAAGAGCAGAGGGAAUCUGUCGGGACCCUCCCAUAUCUGUCGGGACCCUCCCACCCUAUCUGUUCACCCAAAGUGGAAUUUGCCGUCUUAUAUUCGCCACUGGCUACCGGGUUUCCCACCACCACAACCCCCCCCACCCCACCCCACCACUACCACCACCACCACCAAGGGGCUGAGGAGUGGAGCCUGCGUGUUUUCUGUGAGGGGCUGGCGUUCUGCCUCUCGGAUUCUCCGCCCGGCUUGCGACAAACUGCACCAGCCCUUCGGCCCAAUGGGCAGCUGCUAGCGGGAGAAAGAGAGCGCGGGAGAUUUACUGGGAGGCCGCUGCCACAGACAGAAUGAAACUCCCGAGGAUGCACCCGAGCCUGAGGGGUGCUGCAUGAACUCACACCGCUGUUCUCACUGCAGAUGCUGCUGUAUUUCUGAAGAGAGACAGACUCGGGAACCUGAUGCACGGUCCGGCCUCUACUUUUUUAUGUCAGAAGGUGGGGGGGUGGUGAAUACUUUUUUUAACCAGGACCGCCCUUAACUCUGAGGAACCCACCCACUCGCUCACUCACAUCAACUGAGAUUGGCUGGGACCUCGAUUGGAGAAAAGCCCCAGGCAGGGGCAUUUUGGACCGAGCCAGGAUCACAGAUCUACUCCCUCGACCCAGGAUCUCAGUUAACAUCUUCGCUUCAAGCAGACAGCAGGGUCUCAAAUACAGAUUAGCCCCAUGAUGGUCCCCUAAACGCAUUGAUAAUGUUAUUUUUGUUAAGCCUGGCCGGGUUGUCACUUUGCUGGAAGAUGCUAAUGCUGACACAUGGGGAGUGGCUUACCAGGUCCAGAAGGACCAGCUCAGACAUUCGCUG